UUUGUCCUCGUUGUGCACUACGACUUCAAAAACACCGAUAGAUUUCGAAAGUGUGACAAACCUGACCUGGAUAAUCUGAGGACGACGUUUAGAGAGAACAGAAACUGCAACAUGCGUGAGCUCUCAUCACCGAAUAAAAUGAUUUUGCUCAAGCUCCUCUCCGACCAAGAAAUGCUUCUGCGCUUUUUUCGCUCUAAAGAUGUUCCGGAUCUAUUUGUGCUCUUUGUUCUCUCUCAUGGGAAUGAAAAUGGAACCAUUUUCACAGACCACAAAGAAUCGAAUGAAUUUGUGUCCUUCACAACGGACGAUGUGUUUGCGUCCCUGAAAAAAUUAACCGCAUUCGAAAAAUGCCUAAAGCUCAUCAACUUUGGGCCUUGCCGAGGAACUUUGACAGACGAAAUCGUUGUCAAUGGAAGUGGAGAUACUUCAAGGAUAAUCACAUCAUUGCCAGGAUUUUACUCUUGGAAGUCAGAACAAGGUAAAGACAUCAGAGGGCGGCGAGCAUUCGUCUUGUUUGAAGAGCAGCAGAAAGAAGUGCUAGAAAUGGAAAAUGCUCUGCAUCAGAAUUUGGACUUCGAGACAAGCGAAUGGAGACUGAGCGAAAGCAAUUUGAGCUUGUAUUUCGAGAAAGUCUCUAAACUAGAACAUGACGUCGGCUGCAUUUUGACUUGCAUAUUCGGGCAAAUAUGCGAGAAUGAAGAAAAGGAAGUCUGCAUUCUGGUGGACAAAAAGGAAAAACCAGUCACGGAUAUCUUGCACAGAUUUGUCGGCCCGAAAAAUAGAAAGUGGAUCGGAAAACCGAAAAUCUUCUUUCUCGUCAGGCAAAAAGCGCGGGAAAUAGGCACUGACUCGUUGCUCACUUGUUCAGAUGCACACAUCUCUGCUUCUAACCACAGUGGCUGGCUCGUAUUGAUUUUGAAUGAUGAAGGUACACUGAUGCAGCUGAUAAAGAUCUUGCAAGGCCAAGAGCUGAAACAGGAUAAGAAAAGCAGUCUCCAAGAACUUCUAGCUCCUCUGCUUAUUUCCAAUACAAAAGAGAUCAACAUUCUGUUGAAUUCGACUCUGCACUGCUGCCUCAACUUUCCUGACUGGCCGCGGACCUUCAUUGAACCCGAAUUAAAAAUUAAAAGGGGUGGAAACUCGCCAUUUCAAAAAAUUGGUUUCGAUGAACUCAUUGAUGAAGUUGUAUUUUCAUCCAAAGAGAGCCAAAUGGACGACUCAAGUGGAGCAAAUAAUCGUGAGACAGAAGAUUCUGCUUUGGCCUGGCUCUUGAGUUCCGUUGCCGGCGCGGGGAAAACCACUGUUUUCAAAGAAAUCGCUUAUCAGUUAGCUAAAUUUGAUUUAGGGAUCAAAGUCCUGCAUGUUUCCCUUAAGAAACACUCAAUAUACAUGUUGAAUAUGUCUGAGGUGGAAAUAAACAUCACCAAAUUCCUCGCGGAAACCACGUGGACUGACCCGGAUGACAUGAAAAACUGGGUUGAAGAGAGGAAAGUCAUCGUAUUCUUUGACGGAUUUAGUGAAAUCCUUUCAAGUCAGAGAGACAAGGUCCUUAAAAUUGCGAGGACUUUAAAAGAAAUGAGAAUUCCCUUUAUCUUCGGAGCAAGGCCGCAUGAAACUGAAGGGAUUCUGGAAAUUUUGGAGAGUGCAGCAAUCGUUGAAAUUCAGCAUCUGGACGAAGAGAAACAAAGAAUGCUCUUGCGGUCGGUUGCUGGGAAAAAAGAUGAUAUCAUCGAAAAACUCGUGAGCAAUAUUGAAUUAAAAGACAUCAUGGGAAAUCCUCUGUAUCUUUUAUUGCUGGCCGAGUCCAAUGGCGAAGGAGGUCUUUAUGAAAUUUUUGACCGUGUGGUGCGGAAGAAUAUGAAAAUAUGUAUGGAGCGCGACAAUGAUGGCAAGGAAGUGACUGAUGAAAACGUCGAAAUAAAUUUGGACCACCUUCGGUUGAUAGCUCAUCACUCGCUGAGUGGAUCGGACGUCCUUGCUGAUGAAACCCUGGAAAAUAUGUCGGCUUGGCAUGAGUCAUUGGAGGUGGACCCUGACGGCGAUUUUCUCGAUGGAAAGGAGAAAAACGAAGAGGAUUUCAAGCUCUUGUUGGCCGAUGUCGAGUACUGCGAUUGCGUCGUUCUGGCCACUGCUCCGUCCGUUGGACAACUUCAAAAAUUUGUCGAGACCUGCGGAAUCAAAGUUCCAGAUUACAAGAACAAGCGAAUAAUGGCUUCAUCCGUAUCAACAAAAUAUUCAUUGGGAAACCCGAACCUUAGGCUCAAUGAAGAGCUGGUUGAUCAGUCAGAAAGAGUUGGACAAAAUCCACACCUCACUAAACAAAUCAGAACUCAUAGCAUUGGCGAAAAAAGCGGAGACAAUCUAACGUUCCCUCAAGACCUGAAAGAGAACACUUCCAUGGAAGCAGCAACCUCUGCCAACACGGAUUCAAGCAGAGGAUCUUGGUUUGUCCGCAACUUGUGUAAUUGCCUCAAUUGGACAGAAGAAAAGCCACUUUUGCCUUUUCUCACGACAGUUCAGUUCGCCAUGCACCAAGAGUCGCUAACAGCGAUGAAUUUGCUAACAAAAGAUCCUCUUGGACAGACGCUAGAGAUUAAAUUGUUUUCUCAAAGCCAAAGCUUCAUUAUUUCAAGGGGUUUCAGCAGGUGUCUAAAAGAGGAUCUGGAAGAGAGCACCAAAAUAUCGGAGUCCGUGAACUACUCAUGGAAAUCAGACCAUGGUCAAAACAUCAGAGGACGGUCAGCCUUUAUCUUGUUCGAGCAGAAAAAGGAAGAAGUAGAGGAAAUGAAAAAUGCCCUGCAACAGAAUUUGGACUUUGACAUCAACGAUUGGAGACUGACUCAAACAAAUUUGAACCUAUAUUAUCAAAAAGUUUCAAAAUUAGAGCAUGAUGUUGGCUGUAUUUUGACCUGCAUAUUCGGCCAAAUAAGAGAAGACAAAACGAAAGGGGUCAGCGUGAUAGUGGACAAAAAUGAAAAACCAAUCUCGGAAAUCCUGCACCAAUUCGUUGGUGCGAAAAAUGACAGCAGCAGAUGGGUCGGAAAGCCGAAAAUCCUUUUUCUCGUUAACCAGGAAGCACUGGAAUGCGACUCUGUAAGGCUUGUUGCUGACAAAAAUACGCUAAAGCAGCUCAUUGGAGUGCUGAACGAUAAGGAGUUAAAGGAGGAGAAGAAGAGCCUGCAAGAACUUUUGAUGCCGUUGCUGAUUUCUCAAGCAAAGAAGGAAAAAACUCUGCUGAACUCGACAUUGCAGUAUCUCGUAAGCUUUCCCAACUGGCCUCUGUCAUUUAUUAGUCCCGGUUUGCUAUUUAAAAAAUUUGAAAACUCUCCUUCGAAAAAAAUUGGGUUCGACGAGCUGAUGGGUGAAGCUGAAAUUUCCUUUAUAGAUAAUAUCAGAACAGAUUCAGAUCAAAAUGAAUCUGCCACUGCGAACCAUAUUUGGAUCCUAAGUGCUGUUGCCGGUGCAGGGAAAACAACCGUUUUGAAAGAAAUCGCCCAUCGACUUUCUAAGCAUGAACGGGGGGUCAAAACUCUACUAAUCCCUUUAAAAAAAUACUCCAUGGAAAUGUACAACAUGUCCGCACUACAUUUCGAUGAAAUUGAAUUCCUCUCGAAAACUGCUUAUUAUUCUAUAGCCGAUAUUAACGACCUGAUAGAAUCGAAACAAAUCAUCGUUUUCCUGGAUGGUUUUGAUGAAAUCUGUCAGAAUCACAGAGACAAGGCUAUGAAAUUGGUGAAAGGGUUGAAGAAAAAAGGAGUUCCCUUUUGUGUUGGAACAAGGCCUCACGAGGUGGAUGCGAUUAUGAAAAUUUUGAAUAAUGAGGCAGUUUUUGUCGAAAUUGAACUUCUCACCAAAGCUAAACAACUAGAGUUUUUGCAGUCUGUGUCAGGGAAAAAUGAGGAUGAGAGCAUAGAGUUUUUAAACAGUCACGAAGAGAAGGACAUCCUUAAGAACCCUCUGCAUCUCUCCUUGCUGGUCGAGUACAAUCGCAAAGGAAACUUGUACGAACUCUAUGAAAGUGUAGUGCAACAAAAAGUGAAGAUUUGUUUGGAGAGGAACAAUGAUUUUAAACCAGUUGCCGAGGAGAAAAUAAUAUUAGCAUUGCACCUCCUUCGCUUGAUAGCAUUCCGGUUUUCAAGCGGAAUAGACCUAGUUGGACCAGGAGUUACAAAUGAAGACCUCAAAAAGAUGAACGAUCUGGGUGUUGCAACUGUGUUGGAUGGAAAUGUGACUUUUGUGCAUCGCACCUUCGCUGAAUUUCUAACCGCACAAAAGUUCAUACAUGAUCUCCACGUUCGUGAAAAAACUGAUGUACCUUUGUUUAAAGAAGGCUUUGAGCAGUGCAGACAGUUCGUGGAUUUGUUCUACUCAACUGCAGAGGCAAUGAAAAGCGAUGAGAAAAACACAAAAACGCUAUCAACUCUCACGAAUUCCAUCGACCCAUAUAAUUUAAUGAAGCAUACGUGCGAAGAAAACCUGAGGAAGAUUUUCAAGAUGAUAAAGCCUCAUGUUUCAUUGAAAAACAGACGGGGAAUGAACGGUUUGCAUCACGCCUUAAGGCAUCUGGAAAUGGUCAAGUUGGUGCAUGAAAGAGACAGCAGCCUAGCCACGGAUGUGACUAAAGACGGUGACACCAGUUUGCACCUUGCGAUUAAAGACUGGCGUUGCAGCGAGGAUGUGGCUAUUUGGCUUAUACAGCAAACUGGAGUCGAUGUGAACGCUGAAAACAAAAAUACAUCAGUGCAACUUCUGCUUGAUCGUAACGCUAAGGUCAAUGCAAAAGGAAACGAGGGGUACACCUCUAUACACUUGGCCGAUGUCGAUUCAAAAGAAGAAUACGGGUGGACUGCACUUCACAUCGCAGUCAAAAGAAAUAGACCAAAAAUGGCACAAAUAUUACUGGAGUACGGUGCCGACAUAAAUUUAAAGAGCAAUAAAGGGUGGUCUGCUCUGCAUGAAGCAGUUAUAGCGAAUCGUCCAGAUAUUUUGCAACAGUUUUUAGACCAUGGGGCUGACGUGAAUUUAGAAGGAAAUGGAUAUACGGCGCUGCACCUCGCUGUUCAAGGUGAUAAUCAACAGUUGGUGCGCAUGCUGAUUAAUCACGGUGCAGACGUCAACAAAAUAUCAGAAAAUGGAUUAGCUGCUCUGCACAUUGCAGCGAAAAACAAAAAUGCAGAAAUGAUUCAAAGUCUACUUGAUCAUAACGCAGAAGUAAAUUUACAAACAAAUGAAAAAUGGACCGCUCUUAUCCUUGCAGUAUAUCAUAACCACGAAGAAUCAGUGCAGAAGCUGCUUGAGAAUGGUGCAGACUCAAAUUACCCACAUUUGGUGCAAAAGUUGCUUGAACAUGGCGCGCUAGUUAAUCCAAAAACAAACUCGGGGAGGACAGCAUUGUAUAUCACAGCGCAAGGAAAUUUUCCUGAAUCGAUGCAAAUUCUGCUCGACCACGGUGCCGAUGUAAAUGUUCAAGAUAAAUAUGGAAACACCGCUUUGAACAUAGCUGUGUUGAAAAAUAAUUCAGACUGUGUGCAGAAGCUUCUGGAGCACGGCGCUGAUGUGAAUUCACCAUCAAAUGAUGGAUGGAAUGCUUUACAUAUUGCUGUGAACUACAACCAUCAAGAAUUGGUGCAAAUUCUGCUCAACCAAGGUGCCGAUAUAAAUGCUCAAAGCAAAGACGGAACAACUGCUUUGCAAGUAGCCGUGACCAGCAAUUAUCCAGACCUCGUGGAAAAGCUUCUGAAGCACGGCGUGGAAGUGAAUUUACAAGCAAAUAAUGGAUUGACUGCUUUGCAUCUUGCAGUGGAUCAGAAUAAUUCUUGUUUGACACAAAUGCUGCUCGACCAUGGAAUAGACGCAAACCUCAAGGAUGAAUCAGGGAGAACCGCUUUGUACGUCGCUGUGUAUAAAAAUUAUCCAGAACUUGUUCAAGAGCUAUUAAUCCAUGGUGCCGAUUUGAAUUUACAAGGAUGGUUUCAAGAGACCGUCUCGACCGACACUGAGGGACAAAUUUGUUUAAUGGACACUGUCGUGAGCAAGAACUAUCGUGAAAUUUUAAAAAUACUUUUAAACCAGGACGUCGAUGGGAAUAUUAAGCAGUGGAAAUUCUUCUCGAACACGGUGCUGAAAUAA